UCAUAGCAAGAGCUCAAUCAGGACAUAUUUUACACCACAACUAUUUUGCAUUGUGGAUUUGCAGCCUGGGCUCAGCAAGAUGGAAGAUUAUCUGUUUCAUUUACAUAGUGGUCGUGUCGCAUGUUCACUCCGACUGCAGUUUCCAAGCUGGCCAUUCCGGAGCAAGGUGCAGGUGCGUGCCCCAACCAUGCGCUGGCGAGGACCAGGUCUUGCGCGCCUUCCGCUUCGCCCUGGGGCAGCUGUGGCUGGCUGUCAUUGGGCUUCGUGGUAUCCAGUUCAGCCGUCGCUUUCAGACUUCGAGCCCGAAAAGUCUCAUUGAGAGUAGCGGAGCCAUCGCUUUCAUCGCUUUCUGCAGCAGAAGAGUACAAGAAGCUUGGAUAUUCGGUGUUGCAAGCUGCCCUUCCCGGUGAGUUAGCAGCUGAGAUGUUGGAAAGCUUUGAAUCGGAUCUAGCUAGCUGGGCUGGUGACUGUGACUUGGACUUGGAGACCUAUUUGAAAGUGGUGAACAAGUGGAGCCAUUGGAACCCUCGAGUGGCCAGCAUGUGCGAAGAAAUCGCACCUCUCUUACGGCCUCUUGUGGCGGAAGUGCUGGGAAGCGCGGCUUGGCCAGUGGGAGCCACGAUCUUCCGAAAGUCUCCGCUGGCCUCUCGGGGGACUCAUGCGCAUCAAGACUUAUCUUAUGCAUGGCGCCCAGGCUCACAGCUCUUCAGCUGCACCACCUGGGUAGCUCUCACUCCCGCCAAAGCUUCGCCCCUGGAGAUCUUGCCGGCUUCACAUCAAGAUGGCAUUGCCCCAGCCGUGGAUUUCCUCGAUCCAAGUUUUCAAGACCGAGCGGAUAGCGUUACUUGCAAGGAGGAUGCCAUCACCGUGGACGUUGAUGCGGGCGAUGCCAUCCUCUUCGAUUCCCGUCUCUGGCACAGUGCGAAGCCCGCAGCACAUGGGUCUCUACGGGUGGCUCUGGCGAUCACUUGGGCCACUCCAGCUGGACCAGAUGGCGUCAAGGCUGGUGAGUAUCCCCGCUGGCCGAUGAGUGCAAUGCCUCCUCCACCAGUGGCGCCAAAGGAUGGUUUUGGUAUGGAUACUGUUGGACAGCAGUUAAAGAUGGCGUUGCAGUCUUUGUUGGGAAAUGGACAGCACAAUGCUGCCAAGGCUUCGGCCAAAGAGCUGAUUGAAAGCAUCUUGGCAUCAGGAAGCUUUCAUCAGCUUCCAGAUCCUUCUGCUGCUGAAGAACUCCUACGGAAGUUCUUGGACAUGCGCAAGGCGGUUCUUAAACAUGGAGCAGCUGGGCAGAACGGCGGUCUGUUCGAAGCCCUCUAUCAGAAGGUCAUCCUGCCUGUCAAGCAGUGUAAGUCUGAGGUCUUGAGCGCUGCGUCCAAGGAGCUCGAAGAGUGUGGAAGCCAUGCGAAUGGGGUGGAGCAAUUGAAGGCUUGGAUUGGAAAGUGGGCUGUACGGACACGUGGUGUUUUUUGGAGUGGUGCUGUUUGGAUCUCAGGCAUCCAAUGAGGCUUCU